CCGCGCCUGAUGGUGUGAUUCGCCAGACUCGAGCGCCGGGCUUCGCUUCAGCUGCUGGCUGGCCCAAGGGAGGCGACCGCGGAGGGUGGCGAGGGGCGGCCAGGACCCGCAGCCCCGGGGCCGGGCCGGUCCAGACCGCCAGGGAGGGCAGGUCAGUGGGCAGAUCGCGUCCACGGGAUUCAAUCUCUGCCCGCCCUGAUAACAGUCCUUUUCCCUGGCGCUCACUUUGUGCCUAGCAGCCGGCUGGGCGCCUCAAGACCGUUCUCUCUUGAUCGCUCCUUUGGACUUGGCGUUUCUCUUUUCCUGUCUGUCUCCUCAAGUGAGAUUUUAUGGGGGAAUUUUUAAAGAUUGGCGUCGCCUUGUAGAAUAUGCGGCUUGUUUAAUUGAUGCCUCGUACCGUUUACUGGAUGGAAGCGCUUGUUUUGUCACCUCCUGUCCAGCAUGACUUAGGUCACUUCAGCCAAUCAGCCAAUCAUUUAUGAGCUCUUGCUGUUAGGCUCUGUGGGUGACCAAAAAAAAAAAAAAAAAAAAAAAAAAUCGAAGUGCAGUCCUUGAAACAACAGUUGAAUAAUUGAAAAAAAUAAAAGACCAUUUCAGAGAUGUCUUCCAGAAGUACCAAAGAUUUAAUUAAAAGUAAGUGGGGAUCGAAGCCUAGUAACUCCAAAUCCGAAACUACAUUAGAAAAAUUAAAGGGAGAAAUAGCGCAUUUAAAGACAUCGGUGGAUGAAAUCACAAGUGGGAAAGGAAAGCUGACUGAUAAAGAGAGACACAGACUUCUGGAGAAAAUUCGAGUCUUUGAGGCUGAGAAGGAGAAGAAUGCUUAUCAACUCACAGAGAAGGACAAAGAAAUACAGCGACUCAGAGACCAACUGAAGGCCAGAUACAGUACUACCGCAUUGCUUGAACAGCUGGAAGAGACAACGAAAGAAGGUGAAAGGAGGGAGCAGGUAUUGAAAGCCUUAUCUGAAGAGAAAGAUGUAUUGAAACAACAGUUGUCUGCUGCAACCUCACGAAUUGCUGAACUUGAAAGCAAAACCAGUGCACUUCAUUUAUCACAGACUGUGGCUCCAAACUGCUUCAACUCAUCAAUAAAUAAUAUUCAUGAAAUGGAAAUACAGCUGAAAGAUGCUCUGGAGAAAAAUCAGCAGUGGCUCGUGUAUGAUCAGCAGCGGGAAGUCUAUGUAAAAGGACUUUUAGCAAAAAUCUUUGAGUUGGAAAAGAAAACGGAAACAGCUGCUCAUUCACUCCCACAGCAGACAAAAAAGCCUGAAUCAGAAGGUUAUCUUCAAGAAGAGAAGCAGAAAUGUUACAGCGAUCUCUUGGCAAGUGCAAAGAAAGAUCUUGAGGUUGAACGACAAACCAUAACUCAGCUGAGUUUUGAACUGAGUGAAUUUCGAAAAAAAUAUGAAGAAACCCAAAAAGAAGUUCACGAUUUAAAUCAGCUGUUGUAUGCACAAAGAAAGGCAGAUGUGCAACAUCUGGAAGAUGAUAGGCAUAAAACAGAGAAGAUACAGAGACUCAAGGAAGAGAAUGAUAUUGCUAGGGGAAAACUUGAAGAAGAGAAGAAGAGAUCCGAAGAGCUCUUAUCUCAGGUCCAGUUUCUUUACACAACUCUGCUAAAGCAGCAAGAAGAACAAACAAGGGUAGCUCUGUUGGAACAACAGAUGCAGGCAUGUACUUUAGACUUUGAAAAUGAAAAACUCGACCGUCAACAUAUGCAGCAUCAAUUGCAUAUAAUUCUUAAGGAGCUCCGAAAAGCAAGAAAUCAAAUAACGCAGUUGGAAUCCUUGAAACAGCUUCAUGAGUUUGCCAUCACAGAGCCAUUAGUCACUUUCCAAGGAGAGACUGAAAAGAGAGAAAAAGUUGCCGCCUCGCCAAAAAGUCCCACUGCUGCACUCAAUGAAAGCCUGGUGGAAUGUCCCAAGUGCAAUAUACAGUAUCCAGCCACCGAGCAUCGCGAUCUGCUUGUUCAUGUGGAGUACUGUUCAGAGUAGCAAAAUAAGUAUUUGUUUUUAUAUCAAAAGAUUCAAUACUGUAUUUUCUGUUAGCUUGUGGGCAUUUUGAAUUAUAUAUUUCACAUUUUGCAUAAAACUGCCUAUCUACUUUUGACACCCUGGCAUGCUAGUGAAUCAUGUACCUUUUAGGCUGCUGUGCAUUUUUCUUGGCAGUGAUACCUCCCUGACAUGGUUCAUCAUCAGGCUGCAAUGACAGAAUAUGGUGAGCAGCAUCUACUGAGACUACUAACAUUUUGCACUGUUAAAAUACUUGGUGAGGAAAAGAUAGCUCAGGUUAUUGCUAAUGGGUUAAUGCACCAGCAAGCAAAAUAUCUUAUGUUUUGGGGAUUUUGAAAAAUCAAAGAUAAUUAACUGAGGAUCUUAACUGUGUUAGCAUUUUUUAUCCAAGCACUGAGAAAACCUACAAUCCCAAUUUUGAUGUCCAUUGUUAAGAGGUGGUGACAGAUACUAUUUUUUUUCAUAUUGUAGAGCGGUUACUAGAAAAGUUGGGGAUUUUCUUGAUCUUUGUUGCUGCUUACCAUUGAAACUAAACCCAGCUGUGUUCCACAACUCUGUUCUGCGCACAAAACAGGAUGUUUGAGGCAUGCUCUUAAGUAGCCACACACAAUGUUUUCGGUCAUAUUAUCUGGCGCUAACUGUAACUUGAAUUACAUUGGCACAUGCUGGUUAGCUAAAAUUGUUAAAAUAAAUUUUAAUAAACCCAUCUAGCCCUCUCAUUUGAUUUACCGUAUUUUAUUUAUUUUUGGCAUUCUUAAAGCUGGGCAAUGUAAUGAUUAGAUCUUUGUUUAUCUGAAUAGAUAUCUUUAUACAUGCUAUUUGUAAACCAAAAACUUUUAAAUUUCUUCAGGUUUUCUAAAAUGCUUACCACUGGGCUACUGUAAAUGAGAAAAGAAUAAAAUUAUUUAAUGUUUUAAUA